AAAUGGUAAAACCACAUGGUGUCCGUUAGCAUGUCUAUAAACGAGGGAAGACACAAAACGGGAAAAGCGCGAAGAACAGACAAAAAAACAAAGACAAAAAGGAAGACGGAAGACGAAGGAAGAAAACUAAUUGAAGCUAAAGGGAAGGUUUCUUUCAUUUCUGGUUGCAUUCUGAUUCUCAACCCGAUUCUCUGAUUCCCGUUUUUGGGAUCAGAGAAUCAAUUCGAUCGUCAAUCAGCUGAGCUGUCGGGAAUUUGAGCCAAAAGGAAGGAAGAUGGGAAUGGUGGAGAUCGAAGACAAAAUGAAGGGGUGGCUUUACCUGUUUCGACACAAUCGUUUUGGGCUGCAGUACAUACGCAAAACAUUCUUCAUUCUGGAGGACAACAUCCUCAAGAGUUUCAAAGCGAUUCCCAAGUCCGAGGAUGAGGAGCCAUUGAGAAGUGCAAUAAUAGACUCCUGCAUUCGUGUCGUGGACAAUGGAAGAGAGAGCCAUCACAGAAAAAUAUUUUUCACUUUUACCAUUUACAAUACCUCUAAUCAUAACGAUAGGAUAAAGUUGGGAGUUACUAGUUCAGAAGAAGCAGCUAGAUGGAUUCACGCGCUGAAGGAUACUGCACUGAACCAGGAAAAAACAUCCUACUCGGAACGUAAAUGGCAGCCUUUCAGCAUGACUGUAUCAAAGAGAAUGCUGAGCAAGAGGUCGAGAUCAGUGGACUGGACUUCCACAUCUAUGCAUGUGAAUGCAAUGACAUCUGAUGUGCUAGCACCUUCGCCUUGGAAGAUAUUUGGCUGCCAGAAUGGAUUACGCAUCUUCAAAGAAGCAAGAGAUAAAAAUUCUAGUGGGAAGCAUUGGGAUGAAAAUGCUGCUGUAAUGGCUGUUGGAGUCAUUGAUGGAGCUCCAGAAUCCGUCUUCCGCACUAUAAUGUCGCUUGGUGCUUCCAGAACAGAGUGGGAUUUCUCUUUCUACCGGGGCAGUGUGGUCGAAAACCUUGAUGGUCAUACAGAUAUAAUUCAUAUUCAGCUUUAUAACCAUUGGCUACCAUGGGGAACCAAACGGAGAGACCUCUUGCUGCGACGGUACUGGAGAAGAGAAGAUGACGGCACAUAUGUGAUCCUAUACCAUUCUGUGGUCAACAGAAAGUGUCCUCCCCAGCCUGGAUAUGUCCGCGCUUGCCUUCAAAGUGGAGGAUAUUUGAUCUCUCCUAUUCAGCAAGGCAAACAAUGUGUUAUAAAGCACAUGCUUGCUAUCGAUUGGAAGUUCUGGAAGUCCUAUUUGAAAAGAUCAUCUGCAAGAUUUGUCACCAUCCAGAUGCUCAACAAAAUUGCAGCACUGAGAGAACUAUACCGAGUACAAUCAGGGAGUACAAUUGGAGAAUAUGUUUCUGCAGAGCCAUCUCUGGAUAGGGUGGUUUCUGAGAGUAACAUCGAGGCAAUUAAGAGAGAACUUGUCUUGAAAGAGGAACAGAAGGACUUGGAAAAUGAACAGUUGAGACCGCAGCUAUCCGAAGCUUCUACACUAUCUGCAUUAAGUGAUGCAGCUGAUGAGUUCUUUGACGUGCCUGAGCCUUCUGAUGACGACACUUCUGAAGUUGACUGGCAGACGGGAAUGAGUCCAGAAUAUACUUAUGUGGAGGAUGUGCAACCAAAAUUGUCAUCUGCUGCCAAUUUCGUGAAAAAGUUACACGGCCUUGCAGGCCAGAAAAAAGGCUACAUGGAACUGCAGGAUAUAUCUCGGGAAGAAAGUGUAUGCUUGAGCUAUGGCUCAACACUCCCGAAAGAUUCCAGUCACAACAUGCCUUGUAGCUGGUCAUCUGCUGAUCCUUCUUCUUUCCUUAUCCGCGGAAAUAAUUACCUUGUCGACAAUCACAAGGUCAAGGCAAGUGGCACUUUGCUGGAAAUGAUUGCUGCAGACUGGCUGCAAUCCGACAAACCUGAAUAUGAUAUUGCCGGUCGACAAGGAAGCAUUGUUCAGAAAUAUGCUUCUCUAGGAGGGCCAGAAUUCUUCUUUGUCAUCAACAUUCAGGUUCCAGGCGCAACAAUGUACAAUUUGGCCUUAUAUUAUAUGCUAAGAACUCCCAUAGAGAAAAUACCAUUGUUGGAACGCUUUGUCAAUUCAGACGACACCUUUAGGAACUCAAGAUUGAAACUGAUCCCCUACAUUUCGAAGGGAUCUUGGAUUGUGAAGCAGAGUGUCGGGAAGAAGUCUUGUUUGAUAGGCCAAGCUCUUGAAACCAAAUAUUUUCGAGGGAAGAACUACUUAGAGGUGUGUAUCGACGUUGGCUCAUCAACAGUGGCGAGGGGCGUGGUGAGCCUUGUCCUCGGAUAUCUCAACAAUCUUGUCGUCGAAAUGGCAUUCUUGCUCCAGGGUAAUACUGAAAAAGAGCUGCCGGAGUUCCUUCUCGGAACGUGCCGGCUCAACUAUCUAGAUGCAUCAAAGGCAGUUUCUACUGAUUCCAUCCACGCCCCUUGAGACAAGGAGUUAACAACAUCAGAUCAAGUUUUUGAUGAAUCGAUUUUGAAGCUUGCAUUGCAUGCAUUCAUGGAGGUCUGUUUUUGCCUUGUGUUGAUAUUAAUUAGUUUACUUUGAUUAUUUAUAUUCAUUGGAUUGGGGGGUUU